AUGGAGAAGAAUACUGUGGUACAGGAGACCCUUAAAAGGCUUGGUGCACAGCUUCAAGCAAAGACUGAUCGAUGUCGCACCACUGAUGGUCUUGUGGAUGAGAUGUUUACUUCUCUUUUCAGUAAUGAGGAUGGUGAAGAGAAGAGAAUGCAAGCAGUGAAGAAUCUUGUGAUUUUAGCCAAUGAUGAGCCAGGAGCACAGAGGAUAUUCAGGGGAGGUGAAUUACCCAGAGUGGUGUCCUUGUUAAACAGUGGAUCAAAUGAACAGACUGUGGCAAUGUUGAAAGUCCUUAAAGGAAUAUGCACCAACUCUAAGCUAAGGACAUUGUCUGUGCUCAAAGAAGUUUCCUUGCCAAGGCUUUUAGCUCUGAUUGAAUCACCAAUUAAUGAAGUGUCAACAGCAGCUGUCUUAGUUCCACAACAAGCUCUGGAUUCACUUGUUCCCAAGCCACCUGAAAAGAAGAACAGAGGAGAAGAACCACCAAAAGAACUAGAAAAUAAAGAGGAAAUUCGAAGUGUUAUUACACUGCUCAUGGAUGCUGUUAUGAGUGAAAAGACUGAUCGAUGUCGCACCACUGAUGGUCUUGUGGAUGAGAUGUUUACUUCUCUUUUCAGUAAUGAGGAUGGUGAAGAGAAGAGAAUGCAAGCAGUGAAGAAUCUUGUGAUUUUAGCCAAUGAUGAGCCAGGAGCACAGAGGAUAUUCAGGGGAGGUGAAUUACCCAGAGUGGUGUCCUUGUUAAACAGUGGAUCAAAUGAACAGACUGUGGCAAUGUUGAAAGUCCUUAAAGGAAUAUGCACCAACUCUAAGCUAAGGACAUUGUCUGUGCUCAAAGAAGUUUCCUUGCCAAGGCUUUUAGCUCUGAUUGAAUCACCAAUUAAUGAAGUGUCAACAGCAGCUGUCUUAGUUCCACAACAAGCUCUGGAUUCACUUGUUCCCAAGCCACCUGAAAAGAAGAACAGAGGAGAAGAACCACCAAAAGAACUAGAAAAUAAAGAGGAAAUUCGAAGUGUUAUUACACUGCUCAUGGAUGCUGUUAUGAGUGAAAAAGUUGGCGUGGAGGGUCGUGAUGCAGUCAUUGAUGUUCUAAUCAAAAUUAUUCCUAAAAACAAGCUGGCUGUUGAACUUUUUGUAAAAGUUGGAGGUGUUCGUAAGCUGAUGGUUGUUGCUGCUUGCACAGCUCCCUUGGAUUCCGAGGAAAAGGAAGGCCUUGCAGUAUCAAAUAACACACGAAUGCAUAUCUCUGUAGCACUGGCCAAAAUGGUAGACUCUUUUGGUUAUCAUCAAAAGGAAAAGGAGCCAUUGAUGGAGGAUGCAACAGCAGCUAUCAGCCAGUACCUGACUCAAAGCAGCCCAGAAGCACACAUCAAGGGAGCCACAGCUCUGUCUUGUCUUUUUCAGGGAGUGCAGGAGGCCGCUGCUACAGUUCUUGGAAAUGAAGAAUUCUUGGGAAAAAUCCUUGCACUUGCUGAACGAAAAGACCAUGUGUCACAGAUUGUUGCAUCUGAAACAUUAGCAUUAGGAGCGUCUGAAAAGAAACUAAGCACAGUGCUUAACAUGAGGGCGCUGCCUGUUUUAAAAGACUUGUACCAUUUAAAGGAUGACAACAUACGAGUUAGAGCCUUGGUGGGUCUUUGUAAGCUGGGCACCACAGGAGGAGGAACUGUUAACGAUCAAACGUUUGCAGAAGGAGCCACAUUGAAGCUGUAUAAAUCAGUGCGAAGUUUCCUGAUGAAAUCUAAGAAAGACAUGGAACUGCGUAAGUGGGCAGCAGAAGGAUUAUCCUUCUUAACCAUGGAGGCUGAUGUUAAGGAAACCUUUCUUGAAGACCAGCAGGCUGUAAGGUCGCUCAUGGAACUAGCGAAGGCUAAGGAUAGUUCUUUGUUGUAUGGAGUGUGUCAGACGCUGGUGAACCUGACAAACACGUUUGAUAAACCAGACAUUCCUGAUGAAAUGAAACAACUUGGAGAAUUUGCGAAAGUCAAACUGCCAAAAUUCUCAGAAAAGGAUGGCGAAGAGUAUGUUAGAAAGAGGGUCAGGAAACUUGUUGAGGUAAUUGGAAAAAAUAAAACCAUAACUAAUAAUAGUAAUUGGUUCGAGUGGAAUACGAUUCAGGGAGAAAUCGGGUGAGUAAUUUCAAAUUUGGACAAACACGCAGCGCGAGGCUGAUUUGAAAUUACGAGCGUGAUUAGUGAUUGUAAUUGGACCGAAUAGAGUGUAAUUCAGGUUAUAAUCGCGCGAGUAAUUUUAAAAAUCGGACGAGCGCGAAGCGAGGAUUCGUUUUGAAACAGAGGCA